GGUUAAUCGAAUUUUUCUUUUCCGAUUUUCGAUCUUCACAUUGACAAGAAGAUUUAUUAAAUAAUAAACUUAAACGAUGCCUGAAUUAACAGAGAUUAAAGCUGAUAAUCUAGCAGCAGCAGCAGAAACAGAACAACCAAAAUUGACAGACGAUGUUAGUGACACUGAGUCUGAUGAUUCAAUUCCAGAAUUAGAGGAUGCAACAACUGAAGGUGCACAACUUGGAUCAGGUGGAGCUGGCGGAAUUCCUGACAUUGUCUCAAAAGCCAAACAAUCACGUGGUGAAAAGAAGGCACGUAAGAUCAUGUCCAAAUUGGGAUUAAAGCCAGUCGUUGGAGUUACAAGAGUGACUAUUCGUAAAUCUAAGAAUAUACUCUUUGUCAUCAACAACCCAGAUGUCUAUAAGAAUCCACACAGUGACACCUACAUCAUUUUCGGUGAAGCUAAAAUUGAAGAUUUAUCUCAACAAGCUCAAGUUGCAGCUGCUGAGAAGUUUAAGGCACCAGAAACAACACCAGCUGCUACAGAUUCUAGUUCCGCUAAUGUUGUUGCUCCAAUUGCUGAAGAAGAGGAAGAGGAAGUCGAUGAAACUGGAGUUGACGAAAAAGAUAUUGAUCUUGUGGUAUCGCAAGCAAAUGUCCCUCGAGCUAAAGCUAUCCGCGCCCUUAAGAAUAAUAAUAAUGAUAUAGUAAAUGCCAUCAUGGAACUGACGAUGUAAUGAAUGAUGUUCCUUACCCACAAACACAUAAUUUUCACUUUAAUUUUUUUGGGUUUUACUUCUCUUUCAAUAAAUUAUUAAGGGCAUAAAAGAAAUUGUAUUCUUGAAUAUAUGAACAGAAAGUCAAGCUCCUCCUCAUAAUUCUGAAAUAAAUAACAGAACCGAACACAUUACAGUUUGAGUACGG